AUGUCUCUAUGUCAGAACCGCCUCGCGGAGGAGAGGAAGCAGUGGCGACGGGAUCACCCGUUUGGUUUCUACGCGAAGCCUCAACGGUCUCCUCAGGGUGUGCUGGACCUCAAGCGCUGGGAGUGCGCCGUGCCGGGUAAAGCCAAUACUCUGUGGGACGGCGGGCUGUUCAAGCUGGAAGUCACUUUUCCCGAUGAGUACCCCACUAAGCCUCCGAAAUGCAAAUUCGUCCCCCCGCUCUUCCACCCCAACGUCUACCCCUCCGGCACAGUCUGCCUCUCCAUCCUGAACGAGGAAGAAGCAUGGAAACCCGCAAUCACCAUCAAGCAGAUCCUGCUGGGAAUCCAAGAUCUGCUGGAUGACCCCAAUCCGGAGUCCCCGGCGCAGGCCGAGGCGUACAAUCUGUUCAAGAGGGACAAGCCGGCCUACGAGAAGAAAGUGCGGCAGGUUGUGAAGGAUAACCCGCCUGUUUAG